UUUAUCUGAGAUUGAUUCUUUCUACUUUGAUUCAUCUUCUUCGACUAAAUCAUGACAUCCAAACAAAAGAAACACCAUAUUCUUGUUGGAGAUUACUGUCCCGAGAGAGAAGAAAAUUAUCAGAGCCAGACAAUCGUUUACGCAUAAAACUAUGUCUUCUUAAAGACGCUUGUGAGAUAAGCCCAAUUAAGUUAGAUAUUUUUUUUGCUUUCGCCUCUGAUAUUUUUUCAAAAUUCAUAAUUCAUCUUUUCACCGUAAAGCCGGCUUCCUCCGACGGUGAAGAAGCAUGUGACCGAUUUUGCUCUCUCUUUUUUCAAUUUAGGUCAAUUUUAGGGAUUUGGUAGCUAGAACUAUGCUCGUUUAGGUGAUGUUAGGAUUGUCUUCUUAGAGACGAGCCAGACAAUCGUCUCUGCUGUUUUGGGUACCCUUAUCUCCGCCAUCUUGACCUUCUUCUUUGCCUUAGUCAAUACUCGGUUCGAUCGAUUCUCUAAUCGUGGAGUUCUCAAUUUACAAGGAAUCCGCCGGAGAUGAGAAGCGGCGGCUUAGAAAUGAUGUCAUCUUCGUCGGGGAUUUUGUCGUCUUCUUCGGCGGCAGCAAUAGUAGCGCUUAAUCUCAAGGAGGCUACGAAUUGGUGGUCGGAUGUGAAUGAAUCUCCGGUGUGGCAAGAUCGUAUAUUUCAUAUCCUCGCUGUUCUUUAUGGGAUUGUUUCCAUCAUUGUUGUGGGAUUUCAUCAAGUCAUUCUUACAGGGUUUUCUCCCGGGUCUUGCUCUGAAGAUUUUCUUGUGGAUUCUCCCAACAGUUCUUGUGGAUUCUCCUGUAGACUUUAGUCUCCUUGAUUUUUUAUUUUUGUUUUGUUUUGCUUUUACUAUAGAAUUUUGGAUUUCCCGUAGUAGAUAGAUCCACUCUAUGAUCUACUAAGCUCAAAGUUAUGUUGUAAUUUUUAUUGUUCAAACGUUUCUUGUAGUUGCUACAAGUUCUUAGAAUCCAACAUUUUGAAAUUUGCUAGCUCUUUAGAAUAAAUGGCUCUGGCUUUUAUUACUACUGCCUUGGAGUUGUUUACAUCUUUAUGGUCACCUGUCUCACCAGAUGCUCAAGGGAAUGCGCUGUUUGCGUUGAGGAGCUCGUUACGUGCAUCCCCUGAACAGCUAAGUGAUUGGAACCAGAAUCAAGUUGAUCCUUGUACUUGGUCUCAAGUUAUUUGUGAGGACAAGAAACAUGUUUCUUCUGUUACACUGUCUUACAUGAACUUCUCGUCCGGAACCUUGUCUUCAGGGAUAGGAAUCUUGACAACCCUCAAGACUCUUACAUUAAAAGGAAAUGGAAUUAUGGGUGGAAUACCAGAAUCCAUUGGAAAUCUGUCUAGCUUGACCAGCUUGGAUUUGGAGGAUAAUCAGUUAACCGGUCACAUACCAUCCACUCUCGGUAAUCUCAAGAAUCUCCAGUUCUUGACCCUGAGUAGGAAUAACUUAAACGGGACUAUCCCAAAGUCACUUACGGGCCUAUCAAAACUGAUAAAUAUUCUGCUCGACUCAAAUAAUCUCACCGGUGAGAUUCCUCAGAGUUUAUUCAAAACU